AUGUCGUCUCCAGACAUCAUCGAGUCGGCGGCCGCCUCCUGCUGAAAGGAGAGCCGCGUUAACCGGAGAAAGUAGCGAAGGUAAAGGCCGGAGGUGAACUUUGGAUCACCGGGAGUGUCGGUGGUGAAGCCCGGGAGGAGGUGCAUCAGGUUCAGGAACGAUCGAUGCGGAUUUCAGCUGGUGAUUUUACGAGUCGCACAUAGGAGCACCCAGACUCUUUCCUCUCCCCUCUCCCCAUCCCUCCCCUUUUGCCCCUCCCUCCCCCAUUUCCUUGUCAAUCUUCUCCCCAGUUCCCCCUUUCCCCCCUCCCCUUCGCCAAGAUUCAUCAUGCUCAUUAAGGAGUACCGCAUCCCCAUGCCCAUGAGUGUGGAGGAGUAUCGCAUCGCCCAGCUCUAUAUGAUCCAGAAAAAGAGCAGAGAAGAGAGUUGCGGAGAAGGUAGCGGUGUGGAGAUCCUUGAGAAUAAGCCUUACACAGAUGGACCAGGUGGAACGGGUCAGUACACUCAUAAGGUCUACCACAUUGGCAUGCACAUUCCCAGCUGGUUCCGCUCCAUCCUGCCCAAAGCAGCACUGAGGGUUGAAGAGGAGUCCUGGAAUGCCUACCCUUAUACCCGAACCAGAUAUACCUGUCCCUUCGUUGAGAAGUUCUCCAUUGACAUCGAGACCUACUACAAACCCGACACAGGCAAUCAAGCAGACGUCUUUAACCUGUCUGCAGCAGACAAGCGACAAAGGACAAUUGACCCAAUCGACAUAGUGGCAGACCCCAUCCCCCCACAUGAGUACAAGGCAGAGGAAGACCCAAGACUUUACAAGUCAGUCAAGACCCAGAGGGGUCCCCUGCGAGACGACUGGAUAGAGGAGUACAAUAACAACCCAGGAAAGACUCCCAUCAUGUGUGCCUACAAACUUUGCAAGGUGGAAUUCCGUUACUGGGGCAUGCAGUCCAAGAUUGAACGCUUCAUUCAUGAUGUCGGACUCAGAAAGGUAAUGGUGCGUGCCCACCGGCAGGCCUGGUGUUGGCAGGAUGAGUGGUAUGGUCUGACCAUCGAGGACAUCAGACAACUAGAGCUGGAAACCCAGCUGGCCUUGGCCAGGAAGAUGGCCCUGUUUUCCCAGGCAGAUGAGGCCACCGAAGCCAACGGCAGCGCUCCUUCUCUGGACAAAGACCAGGAGGUUAAAGAGGCCAUCAGCUCGAUUGAAGCCGAGGAAGUGGUCGCUAGAUCAGGAGUAGAAACUCUUCAACCACGUGGUGUACUCACCAAGCAGUGGUCCACCUCAUCUCGAUCCUCUCGGUCAUCUAAAAGAGGAGUGAGCCCGUCACGUCACAGCAUCUCGGAGUGGAGGAUGCAGAGCAUAGCGCGAGACUCCGAAGACAGCUCGGACGAGGAGUUCUUCGACGCUCACGAGGAUCUCUCAGAUGGUGAGGAGGUGUUUCCAAAAGAAAUUGCCAAAUGGAACUCAAACGACCUCAUGGACAAGAUUGAAGCUGCAGACACAGAGGACACUCCUGAUGAACCCUUUAAGGAAAUGAUUGGGGAUUAUGAAAGAGGAGCAAGUGAGGACAGACUAGAUGAGAUACGUGACUCUCUUAGCGGCCAAGCCGAUAGCUCUCCCAUUCCCACCAUCAUGGUAACAAGGCACCAGUCAGAGAGCUCGUCUCAGCAGUGUCUGCAGCCUUCCAAGAUUCACGUGCUGAUCCUGGUUCUGCAUGGAGGAAACAUCCUAGAUACAGGCGGCGGGGACCAGAACAGCAAGCAGGCCGACGUCAACACCAUUAGUACAGCUUUCGACACAGUCAUGCGUGUUCACUACCCCGCUGCGCUGGGACGCAUCGCCAUCCGCUUGGUGCCCUGCCCUGCCAUCUGUGCUGAGGCCUUCUCUCUGGUGUCCAACCUGAGCCCUUAUAGCUAUGAUGAGAGCUGUCUGUCUAGCAGUCAGGACCACAUCCCACUUGCAGCGCUGCCUCUUCUGGCCACCUCAUCUCCGCAGUAUCAGGAUGCUGUUGCCACUGUCAUUGUUCGAGCCAACCAGGUGUACUCUGACUUUAUAAAGUCUCUGAACGGUGCCACCUUCUCCGGCCAGGUAUGCCUGAUUGGGGACUGUGUGGGUGGAAUUUUAGGGUUUGAUGCUCUGUGCAACAGCUGUCCCACAGUAAACGAAAGCCAAAACAGCAGUCGAAGGGGCAGUGUCAUCAGUGUGCAGGACCAGGACCUCCUCUCUCCCGGCAUCAUCAUAAACUGCGGACAAGGAUCAUCAUCCCCAACGUUGGAAGGCAGCCGCCACCUGAGUCGCAGUAACAUUGAUAUUCCUCGCACCAGUACAGGUGAUGAGACCAAGAGACAGCUGCCGCGCAAGAGAAGUGACUCCUCCACCUACGAACUGGACACAAUUAAACAACACCAAGCUUUUUUGUCCAGCUUGCAUUCUAGUGUCUUGCGGAAUGAUGCGGCCUCUCGCAGAUCGAGCAGCAGCACAAUGUUGGAUGGAUCCUCUCUUGGGAAGUUUGACUUUGAGGUGGCAGAUUUUUUCCUCUUUGGUUCACCGCUGGGCUUGGUACUGGCUCUGAGGAAGACCGUGAUCCCAAUGUUGGAUGUGGCCCAGCUGAGGCCUGCAUGCCAGCAGGUCUACAACUUGUUCCACCCAGCUGAUCCCUCUGCCUCCCGUUUGGAGCCUCUGCUGGAGCGGAAAUUUCACCUUCUCCCUCCCUUCAGUGUACCUCGUUAUCAACGAUUUCCUCUGGGAGAUGGAAACUCUGCCCUGCUGGUGGAGACAGUCCAGAGCAACGCUCAGCUGCUACUUGAUAGCGGACCCCCCCUGUCCUUCCGCUGUCAGGAGACCAUCAGUGAGACCUGCAUUCCUGUUCCUGUGCUAAACUGGCAGGAGAGCUCCCUCAAAGCCACACCCGUCGCUAUGGAGUCGGAUGUUGUUCAGUCUCAUGGUGGUGUCUUCAUGGACAGUUCGUACCCCUCAUCCCCUAUAACGGGGCCCCUCUCCCGGGGCCAACGGAGAGCCAGUGAGGUCAGCAUUGCCAGCCAGGUCUCAGGAAUGGCAGACAGUUUCACUGCCACCAACAUAGCCAACACUAAAUCAGACCAGAUUAAGCAAACCAGAAUUUCCAGUCUUUUGUCCCAACUUGCCCUGUCAUCACAAAACAAAUUCUUCUUGAAAAGUCCUCCUAAGGCCAAAAAAAAACCAGAGGUGGGCCUGGCUGAAGGAUCUUCCGAUGCAGAUUUAGUUAUCGAGCUGGAUGCUGAGGCAGACUCUAUUGAAAGUCUAAGUCCCACCUCCCAGUACGAGAACGUCCCGUCAGCGUUGCUGGACUGUGCUAUAUCUGAUCUGGUCUCACUGGACUCCCAGGCUGAAGUUGAGCAAGUUGCAGCACGUUGGUGGGGCACAAAGCGGCUAGACUUUGCCCUGUACUGCCCCGAUGCUCUGACCGCUUUCCCCACUGUUGCUUUGCCGCACCUCUUUCACGCAUCGUACUGGGAAUCCACCGAUGUUGUGUCUUUUCUACUAAGGCAGGUCAUGAGGCAUGAAAACUCGAGCAUUCUGGAGCUCGAUGGGAAGGAAGUGUCUGAAUUCACCCCCUCUAAACCUCGAGAAAAGUGGCUCCGUAAGAGGACUCACGUCAAGAUCAGGAAUGUGACGGCCAACCACCGUGUGAACGACGCUGUGUUUACUGAGGGCGAACUACAGGUCAUAGCGGGUCGCUUCAUGUAUGGCCCUCUGGACAUGGUGACUUUAGCCGGGGAGAAGGUCGACCUCCACAUCAUGACGCAGCCUCCAUCAGGAGAAUGGGUGUACUUCAGCACCGAGGUGACUAACAGCAGCGGUCGGGUGUCUUUUAACAUCUCGGAGGACAAGCGCCUGGGCAUCGGAGUUUACCCUGUGAAAAUGGUCGUCAGAGGUGACCACACAUUUGCAGACAGCUACCUGACUGUUGUUCCACGUGGCACAGAGUUUGUAGUUUUUAGCAUCGACGGUUCGUUUGCUGCCAGCGUGUCAAUCAUGGGCAGUGAUCCCAAAGUGCGAGCAGGAGCUGUGGAUGUUGUCAGACACUGGCAGGAUUUAGGUUAUUUGAUCAUUUACGUGACCGGACGUCCAGACAUGCAGAAGCAGCGGGUGGUGGCUUGGUUGUCUCAGCACAACUUCCCACAUGGCAUUGUCUCCUUCUGCGAUGGCCUAGUCCAUGACCCGCUCAGACACAAGGCUAACUUCCUCAAGACCCUGACAGAGGCAAACAUGAAGAUUUUUGCUGGAUAUGGAUCAACCAAAGAUAUCUCUGUCUACACCUCAAUCGGCCUUCCUCCUUCUCAAAUCUACAUCGUCGGCAGACCCUCCAAGAAGAUGCAGAGCCAGUGCCAGUUCAUCAUAGAGGGAUAUGCAGCUCAUCUGUCGCAGCUGGAGUACAACCACCGCUCUCGGCCAGCCAAGUCCAGCAGCGCACGCAUGGUCCUACGUAAAGGAAGCUUUGGCUUAGGUGCGAACAGCGACUUCCUGAGAAAAAGGAACCACCUGUUGCGCACCAUCUCCUCACAGCCAGCCCCCAGCUCCCCGACAGGCAACAUCCACAACAAGCCCGAGCGCACGCAGAGCCAAUCAGACAGCGAGCGUCUGGAGCGGGAGCGUCUGGAGCGCGUUCACUGCCACGGUCAGGGAGCAGCUCAGCGCAGCAUGAGCAUCACCGCGAGCUGCUGGGGCCGCAGCAGCAGCACCAGCACCAAGCUGGAACCUGCUGUUUUUAGCCCCAAAUGAGAUUUUAAAGACAAUCUGAGAAUUUCUGAUGGAAGGGAUUCAACAAAUACAGGGCUGGGAAACACAUGGCUUAAAGAUAAAUGCAAAGAGUGAAAAACUGCAGAUUUGCACCAACAAUGUUAACACCACAAGAAAAUCUGGUGCUGCACACCACUCCUUAUAAAACUAGCACCAGUUUCAUUCAACACAAAUAUUUAAGGACAGGCUGUGAAUUCAUGUUAAAAACAAGACGUUUCAGGAACCGUCCCUCUGGUCUGAAUCUUGUACACAACUAGAAAAUAAUCUACUGUAGACGUCCAGACUGUUUAUUUCUGUUUAGUGAAUAUUUUACAGUCUUGAAUAUAAGGUCAGCUCUCCUCCACAGCUUUUAGACCAGAGACAGUCACACAAUAUUCACCUCCAUGCUGUAAUCUGCAGUUAACACAUAAAAGUGUUAAACACUCUGAAUAUUACAGUGCAAGCACAACUGCAACAGAGACUAACUUUAUGAGAGUCGAGUGAUUCUGGACUGAGCACUUUCUUUUUAACCAAAAGAGUGAUUACCGUAAUCUUUCAGCUGAUUUGUAAGAAUCUCUAAACUUUACCAACAGCAAACACACGCUAUUAAGUUUAAAUUCAAACUUUUCUGGGCCUGUUUGAAACUCUGAGACACAAAGGCGCUAUCGUACAUCACAUGAACGAAAGUCUGAACUGACCCUUUAACUAUUAUUGCAGUUGAAAUUGUCUUUCUUUUAAUAGCAUUUCACCACCUAAUGUAUGACUCAACUAUAAGGUAAACUAUUACUGUACAGUUGAGGUGCCAAAGUAAACAGUAUAGAUGGAGCAGAGAGGA